ACACACCUUUGUACACUCCUUUCUUCAUGAGAAAAGAGGUAAUGCAAGAAGUAGCUCAAUUAGCACAAUUUGAUGAGGAACUUUACAAGGUUGUUGGAAAAGGUUCAGAAAAUAAAGGUGAUAAUAUCAUUGAAGAGAAAUACUUGAUAGCAACAUCAGAGCAGCCGAUUGCAGCGUACCACAGAGAUGAAUGGCUUGCAGAGUCCUCUUUGCCAAUAAGGUAUGCAGGUUUGUCAACUUGUUUCCGACAAGAAGUAGGCUCUCACGGCCGCGACACGCGCGGUAUAUUCAGAGUGCAUCAGUUUGAAAAGGUAGAGCAGUUUGUUCUGACCUCCCCUCAUGAUGAUGCAUCUUGGAAGAUGAUGGAUGAGAUGAUUGGCAAUGCCGAGGAUUUCUACCAGACCCUUGGUAUACCAUACCGCAUUGUAAACAUUGUAUCAGGUGCAUUAAAUCAUGCGGCAGCUAAGAAAUUGGAUCUGGAA